AUGUACCAGGAACCAAAAUCAAGUGGCGGCGGCGGUGUGGCGUACAACUGUGGUGAUUGUGGCUCUGAGGUGCUCUUACGCCCGGGUGAUGUUAUAAUCUGCCGAGAGUGUGGGUAUCGCAUCUUGUACAAAAAGAGGACGAAGCAAGUCGUACAGUUUGAGGCACGAUAA